AUGAUCAGGAUCCUGCUGUUAUCCGCAUUGGUGGCUGGAGCUCUCAGCUGCGGGUUCCCCACUUACGAGGCCCAGCACGAUGUGAGCAGGGUAGUUGGGGGCCAAGAAGCCACCCCCAAUGCCUGGCCCUGGCAGGUCUCCCUGCAGUACCAGUCCGCGGGGAGGUGGUACCACACCUGCGGAGGCUCCCUGGUGGCCAACAACUGGGUUCUGACAGCUGCCCAUUGCAUCAGUAGUUCCAGGACCUACCGUGUGGUGCUGGGCCGGCACAGCCUCUCCACCUCGGAAUCUGGCUCACUGGCUGUUCAGGUCUCCAAGCUUGUGGUCCAUGAGAACUGGAAUGCCAACAAGAUCGCCAACGGGAAUGACAUUGCCCUGAUCAAACUGGCCAGCCCAGUGACCCUGACCAGCAAGAUCCAGACAGCUUGCCUCCCAGCUGCGGGCACCAUUCUUCCCAACAACUACCCCUGUUACGUCACAGGCUGGGGCCGGCUGCAGACCAACGGGGCCUCUCCCGACGUCCUGCAGCAGGGCCGCCUGCUGGUUGUGGACUAUGCCACCUGCUCCAGCGCCAGCUGGUGGGGAAGCUCUGUGAAGACGACCAUGGUGUGCGCUGGUGGUGAUGGUGUGACCUCCAGCUGCAAUGGGGACUCCGGUGGACCACUGAAUUGCCAGGCAUCUAACGGCCAGUGGCAGGUGCAUGGCAUCGUGAGCUUUGGCUCUACUCUGGGCUGCAACUACUCCCGCAAGCCAUCUGUCUUCACCAGAGUCUCCAACUACAUCGACUGGAUCAACUCGGUGAUUCAAAAGUACUAACCAAAGAUGGCCCUGGGACUGCCACCUUGGAAAUGUCACACAAGGAAAGCAGUAAUAAAGUGACUAUAUGACUCA